CGAGUUAGUGGACCAUGGUGGAGAAGGAAAGCGUGACCACUAAAAGACACAAACACAGCGUGAUUGUUGCAGACUUGUUACCAAGAAUAAAUCUUAAUCGGAAUUGGUUCUUGUACUUGCAGUAAAUUGAUCAUCUCACAAUCCACUUCAUCAUGAUGCUGCUUCAUCCUGUGCUGAUACUGUCAUUUUUCUCUGGUGGCUUGACUAAUGUUGUGGAUCAUUUUCAUAGGACAUGUGGUCAAUUUUUUGCUAAUGGAAAUUCACCAACAAUAUUGUCUGGACCACAGUACAUACAGAUCUGCCAAUCUUUCGAAGGCAAAUAUUAUUAUGCCACACUUUAUGACACUAAGAACAAGAUUCCUGUGUACUCAGCCUACAGGUUUAAAAGGAACAGGUGCCCUAGAAAAGAAAAGAAAUGGUGCAUUGAACCUCAACUUGAUGACAAAACAAAAGGACAUAACAUGGCAUUGGAGAGUGAGGGACAAUAUGGACACAACCAAGCUCUCAGUGUGGAUUACAAGUACUCUGGCUACCACAAAGGACAUCUGGCACCAGUCUAUCAUGCAAAUUCAGAGGAAUUUGCAGCUGCCACCUUCACCCUUACCAAUGCUGCCCCACAACAUUGCUCUUUUAACCAGGGUCCGUGGAGAAAAACAGAAAAGCAUGUGGCACAAAUUUUGACUUCGGAGUGUCCAGUACCAUACAAAGCCUUUAUUGUUACUGGGGUAGUGCCAGGGGAUAUAAAAAUAAAGGGUAGAGUGACUGUGCCAAGAGGCAGUACAAAAGACAUUAAAUGGUGGGCAGAGGAGGGGGAGAGGAUCGGAAAUGACAGGAGCUAG